CACGUCACUUGGUCAUUCAGUUUGUUUAUUUGUCAGGGUCACAACUGUUGCUGCUGUCCCCUCGGACGAUGUUCAGGUGGGUGUGAGCUGCCUUAGCCCAUCCUCCCUCCCACCACCGAGGCUCUUCACUUGCACCUCACUCUACUGGGGAAGCAGAAGGUCCUUCAGGCAGGGAACUGCCUGAGCAGGAGAGCAAUGACAAUCUUUGCAAACUGUGUGUUCUUUGUUAAAGUGAAGUACUUGCCCAUUCAGAAGAGGAACAGUCUGAAAGCAUGCAUAACAGAAAAUGGUGGAGUAAUUAAUUUUGUGCUUAAUAACAAAUGUACACAUGUUCUUGUGGAUAAUGCCAGUGUCCUCAGUCAUCAUGAUCUAAAAAUUACUCAGAAAUAUCAGCUGCCUGUUUUAUAUGCAGAUUUUGUCUGGAAAUCAGUUGAAAAUGGGAAGCUUUUAAUAACUGAUGCAUUUGAGGUUAAUACAUCACAAGGCAACAUUUCUAACCAAUGGCCAGGUGGACAUGGUUUGGAAGACUUGUCACCUUCUGAAAAUAAAAUUGCCACAAAUCAAAAUGAAAGCAAUGAUACCAAUCUUACUGUUAUAGGAGAAAGUGACAAGAGAAUUGAAUUCAAAGUGGGAACUCUCAGAUUUUACAGUGAAAAUGCUCCUUUUUUUCCUCAAGAUUUUGAAGUUGCAAAAUACAACGUCCUUGAAAAAAUUAACUCCAAGGGAAGCAAGGAUUUUGUAGUUAUUGAAUUACAUUGUUCUCAAGAACAGUUUGAGUUUCUGUUUCGAUUAUAUGCACACUUCAGUGCUUCAAAUGGAACCAAGAAAAAUAAACAAUGCAUAAUAAAUAAGACUGCUGAAGAAAUAAGAGAAAACUAUGAUAUUCUUGUUGCAAACCUGAAGAGCCAGGAUUUCCUGCUCAGAGAAACUUUUCCACCAGAAGCAGAAUGUUUGGCUUCUACAAAGUUACAAAAGUUACUUUUAGAAGAAUCCAUCAAUUCAAGUGCUGUAUGUCAAGAAGUUAGUGACUUUGUGGAGUUGAUCUGGGCAGAAGCUCUUGGCCACCUGGACAAUCUACUGCUUGAAUCAGUAAACAACAUCAGCCUAAAUGAUGUGAGCAAAGCAGAAGGUAUUUUGCUUCAGGUAAAGAAUGCACUCAAUGAAGGAGCUGAUGAGGCAGCACUGCAAGAGAUGAUGAUGGAAUUCUAUCAACUUAUACGUCACAAAACUGAAAUAGACUAUGAAGUUUCCAAAAGGCUGUUAUCUAGAAAACAGGACCUGUGCCAGCUCAUGCGAGACAUGCUGAAUAUACGGGAAACAAGUAUGUCGUGCCCAAACCCAUCAUCUCUGGCCAAAUACCAGGCCCUGAGGUGCAAGAUUGAUGCCAUUGAUCCAAUGAGUGACGAAUUUCUCAGCGUUGAACGACAAGUGUUAAAAAACAAUUACAAUGGCUGUUCAGUGAGAAUUUUACAAGUAUACAGGAUUGGCAGAGUAAGUGAAACAGCAGAAUUUGUGGGCAGUCUUGGAAAUGUUCAGUCUUUAUUCCAUGCAUCAUCUGUAAGGAAUUUCAUGGGAAUUCUUUCCAGAGGACUCCUAAUGCCAAAAGUGGUUGUUGAAGAUCAUGGUGUGGAAAGAACUGACACUGGGAAUCUGGGAAGCGGCAUUUACUUCAGUGAUUCUGUCAGUGCCAGCAUUAAGUAUUCUUCACCCAGUGAAAUGGAUGGAACCCGACUCCUGGCGGUUUGUGAUGUGGCACUUGGAUCCUGCUUAGAUUUGUACAAACGAGAUUUUUCAUUAACUGCUGCCCCAUCAGGUUACAGCAGUGUGCACGGAGUCCGCACAACAGCAGGCAUCUCUUCAGACUUUGAGGAUGAUGAAUUUGUUGUGUACAAAACUACACAGGUUAAAAUUAGAUACGUUGUUAAGUUUUGCCUCGCUGAAGAUCAGAUAAAACAAUUCCAGCCUGAAAUUGGGGUGCAAACCGAGCAAGAUAACACUGAGUUGGAGUCACAGUGUCAUUCACAGAAUGAGAGCUAUGAAUUACCCAGUGCAAAUAUUUCAAAUACAGUGAAAAUUGGUCUUCAAGACAGACUGGGAAAUCCUGUUCCUCUGGAAAGUGUUCAUAUCAAGGCAAGGAUAAUAGACUUUGUAGCACAGGUAGUGAUGUUUCAGACCUACACCAAUCAAAACAGUAGUCCAAUUGAAGCUAAGUAUGUUUUUCCUUUGGAUGAUAAAGCUGCUGUUUGUGGAUUUGAAGCUUUUGUCAAUGGAACACACAUCAUUGGGCAGGUUAAAGAAAAGCAACAAGCGCAUAGAGAAUAUCGCAAAGCUAUCAGUGAAGGUGAUGGAGCUUAUCUACUGGACCAGGAUGCACCGGAUAUUUUUGUAAUAACUGUUGGAAAUAUAUGUCCAAACUCUACAGUACUGAUCAAAGUCACCUAUAUCACUGAACUGACUUGCCAGAAUGGUUGUAUCACCUUUCAUAUGCCUGCCUCUGUGUCCCCAUGGCAACAGGACAAAGCACUGAAUGAAAACACACAGGAUACAAUAAAAAAGAUUUGUGUUAAACAAGUAGAAACACUGAAAAACAGAUUCUCCUUGGAUAUGUCUAUUGAGAUGCCAUAUAGCAUUGAAAGCCUACACAGUUGGACACAUAAACUUAAGAUAAAGAAAACAGAAUGCAAGGCUGUAAUUAAGACCGUAGACAACAGUUCUUUGGACAGCAGUGGCUUUGGUCUAGAUAUAUGGAUUUCUCAUGCCUAUGCACCCCGAAUGUGGGUAGAGAAGCAUCCCAACAAAAAUAGUGAGGCUUGCAUGCUUGUAUUCCAACCAGAGUUCGAAGCAGCAUUUGAUGAAGAGCAGCUGUCCAGUGAAAUUAUUAUUUUACUAGAUUGCUCAAAUUCUAUGGCAGGUUCAGCUCUAUUGCAAGCAAAGCAGAUUGCUUUACAUGCCUUAAAACUGCUUAGUUCCAGACAAAAUGUAAAUGUAAUCAAAUUUGGCACAAAUUUCUCAGAAUUUUCUUCAUUUUCAAAGAAUACCUUCAAGGAUUUGGCAUCACUAACUGAGUUUAUUACAUCUGCUACAGCAACAAUGGGAAACACUGAUUUAUGGAAGAGCUUGCGUUACUUAAGUUUGCUAUUUCCUUCUCAAGGACAUCGUAACAUUCUUCUUAUAUCUGAUGGACACAUUCAGAAUGAGAGUGUGACCUUCCAGCUUGUGAAAGAUAACGUCCACCAUACGAGGUUAUUCACAUGUGGUGUUGGUUCCACAGCAAAUCGACACAUGCUGAGAUCUUUGUCCCAGUAUGGUGCUGGAGUGUUUGAAUACUUUGACUCGAAAUCAAAGUAUAACUGGGAGGCAAAGAUACAGAGCCAAGUAUCUAGAAUAUUUUCUCCAGGAUGCAGUUCUGUUUCUAUUAAAUGGCAACAGUUUGAUAUAAAUGCACCGAAGCCAAUGCAGGCUCCUGCUCAAAUACAGUCUUUGUUUACCAAUGAGAGGCUUCUCGUCUAUGGAUUUGUCCCUCACUGUACUCAGGCCACCUUAAGGGCGAUAAUAAAUGACCAAGAACUACAAACUGUGGUGUCAACUACUGAAUUACAGAAGACAACAGGAACGGUGCUACACAAACUCACAGCAAGAGCUUUCAUUAGGGACUAUGAAGAUGGUAUUCUUCAUGAGAAUGAAACAGAGCAUGAGAUGAAGAAGCAAAUCUUGAAGAACAUGAUUAUACGUCUCAGUUUGGAGAACUCGAUUAUAACCCAGUUUACAAGCUUCAUUGCGGUUGAGAAGAGGGAUACUAGUGAAAUUUGUUCUGCUAAUGUUCCAAACAUCCUGGAAAUUAUAGCUCAAGAAGAUGUUGAUUUUUUACCUUACAUGAACUGGGAACAAAAGCCAGUGGGAUCCGGCGUCUUAUUUUCAGAACCUUACGGGAUGCCUCCAUGUGAUGCAGCUCUGCAAGAUUCUGAAGCUUGGUCAGAUUAUUUCACAACUGAGAGGUGUGAAACUGAAGGCUUUCAAUUUCAACUUGAAGAACUUUCUGUUAAUCAAGAAAGCACCUCACAAGAAGUCACACCACAGGACUAUGGAUUUCAUGAUGGUGACAUCACAAUGAUGAAAUGUUCAAGAACAAUGUCAUCUUUACCAUGUAAAUCUUCUGUGACUGCUUUAUUUUCUGGCUCUGGACUAGACACAGGAGGAGAAGCUUAUAUAACUCAAAAAAAUUUACUUCCAACACCUGCAGUUCCAGAUUCAGGUGCCCAUCUGAGAUUUUGUGAACUUCCCAUGUAUUGUUCUCCUCAAAGUCUUUUUGGAGGAAUGAAAUAUGAUAAUUCUUCUGUUGAUCACAUUCCGAAUCUAACUGUGUUAAGUUCACAUACAAGCACACACUCUUCUCAUAAGACUAACACUGAGAGACAAGUUACUCCCAAUUCUCCUGCUCCCCAACAUUGUGAAAAAAAAAAAUUAAAGCCAAAGUAUAGGAAGAAAAUGGUAAUAGGUCUGCACGAUGCUACAGCUUCGGAACAGAAAUUUCCUGAGAGUGCUGAACUUCUGGUACAACCAAGGUGUUUUAUAACAACAGAGAAAGAAAGAAGCCAACAGAAACUUGAGUUUACUCCUGUAAUCUGGGAAGAAAUUUUUGAUCUCCAAAAUCAGGAUGGCUCUUGGAAUCUCAGUCCACAGUUGGGAAAAAUCUUGAAAUUUGAUGUUGAUUAUUUAGUUAAUCAUUUCCUUAUUAGAAAAGGCAUUCAGUCACUCGGCACAAAUGGAAAAGCAAAGCUACUGAAAUUGAUUGCUACUCUUCUUGUGCUACAGUUCAUACGCUGUGCAAAGGAACUGCAAGGGAUAGUCUUCAAAUCACUGAUGAAACUGGAUAAUUUAACAGCUUCAAGCGGUGUUCACUGGGCGUUUGAGUCCAUCAAGAAAGCAACAGAGUGGGUAAAAAGAGUUGAGGGACAAUUUGCAUCUAUUUGCUAUCGACUUGAACUUGGGAAAGACUGGGAUUCUGCCACCAAGAAGAUACUGGGGAUCGAGUGCAACUGACAGCAGCUCUCCUACUUAAAUCAUUCCAUGAUUGUGAUUGUUUAAGACAACAGCAACGUUAGCUUUUCUUGCUGCUUUACAUAUUUUGAGUAAUUUUCACCUUGAGUUAUUCUUGAGUGAUUUUCAUAGCCACAAAUACUGUUACAGUAUCUCUGUACAGACAAGUACUGUUACAGUAUCUCUGUUUUAUUUCUUCCAAAGUCCUACCUUCUCUGCAACGCAGCGUGUUUUGAUGGCUACCGCUGUGCUUAGCAAAGCCCUAAUAAACACCUUCACGAUGCAAA